ACAGCAAACCAUACAAAAUUCUAGAGAGAGAAGUGAGAGAUCUACACACAUUGCAUGGCUUUAACGUACACCACUGAAUCCGCCGCCACUGGCAGCAGAUGCCGGCGGAGGCUCCACCUCCACUGCAAGCACCGACAAAAAGGGGUGGUGUGCUUCUUCUACGCCGGAAUAUUCUACAAAAGAUACCUUCUUUUCUUGACAAUUCUCUACAUCACGGGUCUGAUCACCUGUGCCGGUCCCCUGCUCAGCCUCCUGCACCCUCCGCCGCCGCCGCCGCCGGGCUCACUCUACCGCAGCCAGGAGCUCUUCCUCAAGCUCUGGCCUGAAAUUCAGUCGGAUAACUCUUCCGCUGUUGAGUUGGAUAAUCUAUGGAGGUAUAGAAGAAAGCUGAAAGAGCAAAAGCUUUGUCAGAAUGCUAAUGCUCAUCAGCAACCAGUCUCCCCUACGCUUCAGCGCUAUAUGGUGAUAGAGGCUAAUGGCGGCCUAAACCAGCAACGCUCAUCGAUUUGCAAUGCAGUGGCUGUUGCUGGACUGCUCAAUGCUACACUUGUGAUCCCUCACUUCGAUGUUCAUAAUGUCUGGAAAGACCCGAGUACGUUCGCUGAUAUUUAUGACGAGGAUCAUUUCAUAUCCUCCCUAAAAGAUUAUGUUACAGUGGUUCACGACCUACCAGACGAACUGAUGGAAAACUACAAUUUUAGCAUCAGUGCUAUCCCAAGCAUGAAAGUCCCAGCUUGGGCGUCUGCUCGUUAUUACAUGGAUGAGGUUUAUCCCGUCUUGCAAGAAACAAGGGUUGUCCGAAUCUCACCUUUUGCCAACAGAUUGGCAACGAGCAUUCCACCACACAUUCAGUUUUUAAGAUGCCUAGCAAACUAUAAAUCCCUGAGGUUCUCAUCAACCAUAAUGAAUCUUGCAAAAGUAAUUGGCAAUCGAAUGACUGACAAGAGCUCGAGCUUUGGAGGGAAGUAUGUUGCAGUUCAUCUCCGAUUUGAAGAGGACAUGGUGGCUUUCUCAUGCUGUGAAUACGACGAAGGAGAAACAGAGAAAUCAGAAAUGGAUGCAGCGCGUAAAAGGGGUUGGGGGAAAAAGUUCACGCUUAAAAACCGGGUUUCUGAGCCUGGCCUAAACCGCGUGAAUGGAAAGUGCCCAAUGACACCAGUGGAGGUUGGUUUGAUGUUGAGAGGCAUGGGAUUUUCGAACAACACUCCCAUUUAUCUGGCAUCGGGUAGAAUAUACAAGGAGGAGAGAUACUUAGAGCCUCUCCGAAAGAUGUUUCCUCUUCUCGAGACAAAGUGGUCACUUGCUACUGCUGAUGAACUUGCUUCAAUAAAGGGCUAUUCUUCGAGGCUGGCUGCUGUGGACUAUAUGUUAUGCUUGUACAGUGAAGUAUUUGUGACCACUCAAGGUGGAAACUUCCCUCAUUUUCUGAUGGGCCAAAGAAGAUUCAUCUACAACGGACACGCCAAGACCAUCAUGCCCGACAAAACCAAGCUCGUGGUCUUACUGCAGAACACGACUACUAGUUGGGAUGGUUUCAAGGACGAAAUGGAGACGAUGUUAGCAGAGAGUGAUCGUAGGAGCAUAAUGGUGCCUAGAGUGAAGAAGUCGACGAGAAAAGGCUCCAUAUAUUUGAACCCAUUGCCAGAAUGCAGGUGCCUAUGGGAAUCACAAAACUCCACCUCAUUAUCAGAUUUCUUGUUAUGACAUGUAUAUAGAAAGGCUGUUGCUAUAUACAUGUUUCGACUGCUAAAACAUCGUCUUCGUCUUCCAUAACCGCAAAAGAAGAAGUGAUCUUGAAAAGGGGGAGGAGUGAAUGUUUAAGGUUAAAGAUUGAAGAUACGAGGUAUAGACAUGAUCCCAAGAAAAGAGUUUGAUGGCUUGGUUUGUCUAUUUUUCUACUGAAAAAACUGUCGAACUCGAAUCAACAAUUUUGUAUGUUGGUUGCAUGGUUACUACUUAGUAUUACUCUAAAUUAGCUUGGUUGUUUA